GCGGAAAUUCGAAUUGUUUGUUGCAAGCCUCUAAACAAUCCAAUUAAGUUGAUAGUUUAAUUCCCUCCCUCUGUCAUAUCACGGUGUUUGCUCUCCAUCUGACACAAUCCAACACAAAUUAGCAAUCACCGAUUAAUGGAGUCCAAGGCAACAGCGCAGAGCAGCGGCCGGGUUCGUAAUUGCUCUAUUUGUAAUCAAACUAAGGCGGCUCUCAAACGACCUAAAACCCUUGAACAAAUUUGCAGGGAGUGUUUCUAUCAAGUUUUCGAAGAUGAGAUUCAUAGAGUUAUUGUCGAUAACCAUCUUUUUAAGCCUGGAGAACGUAUCGCUAUUGGAGCUUCCGGUGGAAAAGAUUCAACUGUGCUUGCUUAUGUUAUGGCUGAAUUAAAUCGUCGCCAUAACUAUGGUCUGGAUCUCUUUCUGUUAUCCGUUGAUGAAGGAAUCACUGGCUACAGGGAUGAUUCACUUGAAACAGUCAAAAGAAAUGAGAUUCAGUAUGGCCUCCCAUUAAAAGUUGUUUCGUAUAAAGAUUUGUAUGGAUGGACCAUGGAUGAGAUAGUAAAGAUGAUAGGCUUGAAGAAUAACUGCACAUUUUGUGGUGUCUUCCGCCGCCAGGCCCUGGACCGAGGUGCUGCCUUGUUGAAAGUCGACAAAGUAGUUACAGGACAUAAUGCAGAUGAUAUCGCAGAAACAGUUAUCCUCAAUAUAUUACGAGGUGACAUUGCAAGGCUGGGCAGGUGUACAUCCAUAACUACUGGUGAAGAUGGACCAAUUCCUAGAUGCAAGCCUUUUAAAUACACAUAUGAGAAGGAGAUUGUUAUGUAUGCGUACUUCAAAAAGCUGGACUACUUUUCCACAGAGUGUAUUUAUUCUCCAAAUGCUUAUCGUGGUUUUGCUCGAGAGUUCAUCAAGGAUUUAGAGAGAAUCAGACCCAGAGCCAUACUAGACAUCAUUAAAUCGGGCGAGGAUUUUAGGAUUGCUACUUCUACAAAAAUGCCAGAGCAAGGAACAUGUGAACGCUGUGGCUAUAUAUCUAGUCAGAAAUGGUGUAAAGCUUGUGUUUUACUGGAGGGACUGAACCGGGGGUUGCCAAAGCUAGGAAUUGGCCGCAGAGGUAUAGAUAAUGAACGGAAUAGUAGGAAGAGCAUAGAUAAUAAAAAGUGUGGUAGCUUGGACUUUUAAGCCUAGGUUUUGGAGUUCUGGCAAUUGUUGUGCCUGAAGUGUUCAGAUUUUUGAUAGAAGUUUGAAGAUUUUUGAUUAGAGGUUUUGGAGUUCUGGCAAUAAGUAGGGGUGUUUUCUAUAAGCUGAAUUUCAUUUAAACUUGUUGUAAAAUUAAGUUUUGUAACAAAUAUUUUUGUAAACUUAAGAACAAGUUUGUUUAAUGAUGUUUGACAGAGAAAAGGUAUUGGAAUGCAUUAAUAUAAGAAUCCGGCCUGUCACCUGUGUGCCAAUCGAGCUUAUAACUUUUUUUUA